ACGUGCUGUAAAGUCUUAUCUGGUCGGCGCGGCCGCGGGCAGUUUGAGACGGUGCUGCUUUAAAAUAAGUGGACCUGUAACGCCCCCUCCCCAGCGUGCUACACCCUCAGUGAGUUGUGGGAUGUCAGAAUGAGACAAUCAUCAGACAUGUGGUAUAACCAUAAAAUGUAUUCCAGAUUUUGGCAGCAUUACCAACAAGCUAUGGGAUGGCUGCAGAAACAUAGAAGGGCUUAUCACAAGGCAAUCAGAUCAUUUGAGCAUUCACCCUGGUAUAGCACAGAAUCUACAGCAAGUCAGUUUACUGACUGGCAUCAUGGUUCCUCAUGCUAUUCUUCAAGACGUGCUCAGCAAGAUGAUCUCAAUCAAAGCAAAUGGCAGCAGUCCCCAUGCAGCACAGAUAAUGAAGAGGAAAAUUUGAAGGAUAUAGCUGAUUUAAGUUCUGACACAGAAGUGGAAAGUGACACAGAGAAUGAAUUGGAAUGUGAUGUCAGCAAUGUGGAAAUUACUGAAGAAUUACGCCAAUACUUUGAACAAACAGAAAAACACAGGGAAGAGUUAAAGCGACAACAGCAGUUUGAUGCCGAACAGCAUAUGACCUACGUGUUGGCUGACCAAGACUUUCACAAUGCUUCAGGAAGAACGAUCCAGCCACCAGCAGAAAGGCCUGGUGUAAGGAGAAUGGUUGAGAUGAAAAGAUUAUAUGGAGAUGGUGCUGCUAAAAUACAAGGAAUGGAAACUGCAAUGCAACUUUCAUUUGACAGACAGUGUGAUAAAAAGCAGCCAAAGUAUUGGCCUGUAAUUCCUCUUAAGUUUUGAUUGCAUGUUCUUAUAAAAACUUACUGAUUCUA